UCCUUCAAACAACUACUAGUUUUCUUGAAGACAAAAACAAAAGAUUUAACUUUAACCACGUGAGUUAUUUAUCAAUCAAACUGUAGUGAAAAUAUUUCCAUAGCGAAAUCCGUGUUUGAAGAACAUUAUAAAUCAACACCGUUUGGAAAGGCGUGUUGCUGUAUGGACGGAGAUUUAAGCAAACUGGUUUAUUUGAGGCUGUGUAUCAGUAACUGAACGUCACAAUGAGUUUGAGUCCAUUUAUCAUCACACUUCUGUGUUUAUUUACGGAUAUUAUUUCAGGACAAGUUAAUUAUGGUUGUCCAAAAGGUUGGCACCAGUUUCAAACUAAGUGCUAUCAGUUUGUGGAUUCACCGCUUAUGGUUUACGAAGAGGCAAUUGCCGCAUGCUGGUUUAAUGGUGCCCAACUAGUCUCCUUGGACUCUGAUGCUAAAAAUACCUAUAUCACCAAAUGGAUUAAAUCAAAUAUUCCAAUAAGAGCCGGCUAUUGGUACACGUCAGGGUACUACUACGAUUAUGAUGUAUUGUGGGAAGGUACCGGCCAAUUUCACACGGGUAAGGUAUACUGGGCGGACGAUCAACCACCGCCUCCAAACAUCAAAUCCAGGGUUGUUCUGUCAAGCGAGAAGGACUUUAUGUGGAGCAAUAUCACAGCGAGUACACCUGGCAGCUACGUGUGUGAGGUACACCUAUCGGAUGCCCCCGACACCAACAUUAUGGCAAGGGAUUUUUCGUAUGGAUCCGGUUUCACGGACCUAUCUCAUAUUGAACGUGGACCUGUCAUUACAAGGCAACCGAGAAGUGUUGUGGUUUUCGAAGGUGUACAAAGUGUUGAAAUCACAUGCCUCGCAACUGGUCAACCACUUCCCACGUACCAGUUCCUGGCUACUGGGAAUGAAAACAUUACGAAAGUGUUCCCCAAUGAUCGCUACACUCUAACCGCUGGCAAAUUGACCAUCACUGGCCCAGACCAAACGAUUGACAGUCCGACUUACCAAGUCAUGGUUAGCAAUUCUGUCGGAACUGUUCUUAGCGACACCGCAGACAUAAUCUUUGGAAGUCUUGGGUACUUUUCCAACGUUAAGCCGGACGUUGUUAUUGCUGAACAAUUCAUGGGGCAAAUGAUUGAAUGCGAUAGACCGUCGUAUACGCCAAGAGUUGUCUAUUCGUGGUUUACCGAGUCCGUCAACUAUGUCCACUUCUGGGAGGACUACGAGAACUUCUUCGUCUCUCAGUCCGGCCGCCUCUACAUAUCCUCGGUACAGCCAACAGAGGUCAACCGCGAGUACUUCUGCACUGUGUCCCUUGUAGGAACCGAGAACGCUGAACUUGGAGAGGCCAACAUGCUCGUUCGCACGAGUAUGGGACACCUGCUGACGCUCCGGCCAAGCGCAUCUUCUGACAACGAUUAUGGACCUAUCCUGUACACGCACGUGUUGCCAGUCCCUACCAUGAGAGGUGGAACGAUUCGAAUGGAGUGCGUCGCAUAUGGAAAGCUUCCGUUACGUUACACGUGGUACAGAGAAGACGGUCAGUCAUUGGGGCCAACCGCAGCGUUGUCAGAUAGGAACCGUGUACUGACCAUUACGAAUGCCACGUUGUCUGCGGAAGGGAACUAUGUUUGCGAGUGCCAAGGUGGCAGCGGCGAAACUUCAAGGAAAGUUGUAACACUCACUAUGGAAUCUAAACCCUACUUCCCGUUUGGCAUAAACAACAAGUUUGCGGAUCCGGGCAAAACACUGAACUGGUUCUGUAAGGCAGUCGGUCAUCCAACCCCUCACUACACGUGGUUCAAGAACGGGCAGCAGAUACAACAAGUAUCAGAGAAAAUUGAGAUAACUGAUGGUGGCAAAAGGUUAAAGAUUAUCAACGUUAAACGUGGGACGGACGAAGGGAUGUACCAGUGUGCGGCCACCAACGACUACGGUACAACAUACAGCUCUGGACGAUUGAAGAUUCUGUUGUUUAAGCCUUCCUUCGACAAACGCCCUCUACCACAAGUAUCGUACGGUGCUAUGAACGGUAACACCACUAUACCAUGUGGCGUGGAAGGGGCGCCCGUACCUGAGAUAAAAUGGCUGAAGGACGGUAGCGACCUAGGAAUAACAUAUGGCGCCGUCUUGGGCAGUCGCAUUUACAUGGAUACGGCCUUCACCCUUCAUAUAACCGGCGUGCAGAUGUCGGAUGGCGGAUAUUAUACAUGUCAGGCCGUCAACAGCGAGGGUGAAGCGAGAAAUCACACCACGCUAAUAGUUGAAGCCGGAGCUCGCAUCAGGCCAUCCGCGGACAUCGUGCGAGUGCAAGUCAACGAUACAGCCUUUUUGUUUUGUCAGGCGGACUAUGACUACAGAUACGACGUCGCAUAUGUAUGGAAGCUCAAUGGAGUUGUCAUCAACUACAUACUAUCCCCAGAAUACGUCACGGGAACUAAAGCCGAUGAAAAUGGGCUUUAUAUCGUUAAUGCUAGAUACCAGAACGAGGGUGUAUACGAAUGCGAAGUGAAAACUCCUCUAAACACCGUCGCUGCUAAAACCACACUCAUUGUUUAUGGUCCCCCUGGACCCGUUGCUGGCGUUUACGCUGAGCUUGCAACAGAAACGUCACAGUCCGUGGUCCUCGUGUGGACUGUAACCGUCGACAUGGAACAUCAUGGUGACAUCACGGGAUUCGACAUCGAGGCGAUGACGUCAUACAAAUCUGGAACGUGGUUUCCGGUGAUGUUGGACAUUGAUAAGGAUCGGGCGGUGAGGUACGCAGACGACAUUGGGAAGCGCGGGGACCAGUGCGCAUGGAACGUCACUGGUCUCGUUCCCAACACCAAUUACCGUUUUCGGAUAAGGGCGAUCAACAUGUACGGAAGAGGACAAGAAGCAAGCAAUCCAUCAACAAGUAUCCAUACUGGGUCAAUGCCACCAGUGACUGCUCCAAAGAAUGUCGGUGGAGGCGGUGGCACAGUGGGUGUCCUCAAAAUCAAGUGGCAGCCCUUUGAUGUAUCGGAACAUUGCGGUCCAGGAAUAGGCUACAAUGUUUACUGGAAAAGACUGAGUGAUACUAGAGAUUGGCGAAAGGAAAAGGUUAACGACUCUCUUGCAGUCAUGGAGGGAAUUUACGUUACCACCGUAGGAGUAGAAAAUUACUACCUUCCUUACUUGGCGAAAGUGGGGGCAUAUAACGAUAUUGGCGAUGGCCCAAACUCCACGGAGGUCCAAAUAUUCUCUGCUGAAGGAAUGCCCCAGGUGGUCCCCGUGUCGAAGGAUGUCGAGACAUUUAAUGGAACCAGUAUCAUACCUUACUGGGAACCGGUAGAGGAAUACAAGGGAAGUCAUGCAUGGCCGUGUCGCUGGGAUAUCGGUUACAUGUACGUGGUCUACUACUAUGCCAAUGUUAAUGACAUUACGCCAUUCGAUGGUAGCGAGCCGGACGAGAUCCUCAAUGAUAUCAAGUUCAAGGACGUCUAUGGCCAAACGGACCACGCACAAUUAGUGGGACUCAAGUCCAACUGCGAGUUCUUUACACGAGUGCAGGUCUUUAAUGGCGCAGGGUUUGGACCUAAGGGUGAAUGGCGACGAUCCGAAACAGCAAAUACACCCCUUCGGCAGCAUCCAGUGCAAAUAAAGAUAUACCAGCACGGACCGUACAGUAUCGUCGUAAAAUGGCAAGGUGUCGUGGAAAACUACGACGAAAGCUCUCUUGAAGGAUAUAUAGUUCGAGUCUGGAAAGUACACGAAGACGUUCGGACUGCUGUGGACACCUUGAGCUUUACGGAAGAGGCGAUAGUUUACCAUCUACAGCAGAAUCAAGUCUAUGUACUGCGCGUGCUCGGGUUCAGCUCGUCAGGUGACGGCGCUAUAAGUGAAGCCCGUUAUUUUAUGAUCACGAGUAACACGCUGCAGUUUUAUAGCGUUUCGGUUGACCCAGCUGUGUCGCAAAUGUGUUUCUACGAACAAUAUUCCGGCGUCUGUGAUGGGACCGAGGCAUUGAGUGAUCGAGCGAAAUCUGUUAUAAUUGUUGGUGCCAUAUUUUUAACAGUAUUGUCCACGAAUAUUUUAAGUGAAUUGUGAGUUGUGUCUGUUAAGAUUACGGUAAACAUUAUGAGUCAGGCGUACAUAAAUGCGAUGUAUUUUAUCAAAGAGCUUUGCUUUGAAUAUAAGUAUUACGCAGUGACAACAUAGCUUUAACUUAUAUCAAAUGCAGAAUUCAUAAACAUAACAAUACUGAUAACAAUAUUAAAUAAAUACAUAUGUAUGUGCAAGUAAGCCUACUUGAGCAUCGUUUUGGAAAGUUAUUAAAGUGAAGACACAUGUCGCGUUUGAGUGCUAAAAUAAGCACAAAGACACGAUUAAGCGUGUGUUUACCCAUUUGUGCCUAG